AUGCUGAGCCACCUUCUUGCCUCUACCGUCACCUCGCUCGCCGACACCACACAAGAUACGCCGCCAACAAGAAGAUCACAAUGUCCAAGUGAGUGUGCAAAACCGUUCAUCGUUGAUCUUCGAAUCCUUCUUGCUUCCCGGGUGUCGAAGCAGCCACUAACUCCGUUGUUCAAUUCUUCUCUUUGCGGUGCCAUCAGACAUCAUCCGGAUCUUAUCCUCUGCCGCAAGCUCCCAGGCAUCGCCAUCGGCAGGCUUUGCGAGAAGGACGAUGGCAAAUGUCCCAUUUGCGAUUCAUACGUCCGCCCCGCAACAUUGGUGCGCAUCUGCGAAGAGUGCAACUUCGGCUCCUCCGGCGGCAAAUGCAUCAUCUGUGGAGGGCAGGGCGUAUCAGACGCAUACUACUGCGCCGAAUGCACACGGCUCGAAAAGGAUCGUGACGGCUGUCCCAAGGUGGUGAAUCUCGGCGCAAGCCGAACCGACCUGGCCUACCUACGCAAAGCACGCAACCAACAGCAACAGUAA